GGAGUUUUUAAUCCGGGGGUAUUAAUCCCUUUUAAUCCUUAAUCCUUUUUAAUGACUUCCAUAAAACAAUAGGGAAGAGGAAAUGAAAUUUAACGAGGUAUUUCCGGUCAGGAUGUGUGUUAAUUAAUGCAGGUAUUUCCUGUCAGGAUGUGUGUGAAUUAAUGCAGGUAGUUUUUUUCAUGGAAAGGGGGGCAUCUGGGUCAUAAAACUUGAAUUAUGAGGGUCUUUCCUCUGGAGGAAGUGUUUACAUCAUGGAGUCAUCAUCAUGGGAGAGGUCUGGGGAUGGACGUGUUACUGAUAGGACGGGCAAUGACCAAAUGACCAAAACAAUGGGCCUGUGCCAGUUAUGUUGCUUGUACGCAGGUACGUAUUCCGACCAAUGAGAAUGCGAGUAUCCUUCUUGUUGGAGUGACGUCACCAUUGUGCGUGCUUGUGAUUGGAUGAGGAAAAAAGGAUGGGGUGACUGAGAGGGCGUAACCUAAGGGGUGAGGUAAGGUAUAAACGUCGGAGGAUUCGCACCAUUUUGUAUCAUAGACAUCAGCGCUAAAUUAGUGAAUCAUGCAUGAGCCAUUCAUAGCUAAUUAGCAUUAAUUAAAAGAACAAUAGACUAAUUAAGAGCUCCUUCCCCCAUUUCCAUCUUGAAUUAGCAAUUUUUCCUCUUUGAUUGUCAGAAGAGCGGAAGUUUUCAGACGCUGCGAAUGGAUGAUUUCAAUUAAUCGUCUUGCUUUUGAUUGGUGAAAGAAGACCCAUGCUUGGUGGUGAUUGGGCAACUAAUUAAAGGAGUGCGUUGUGAUUGGUCGUGGAGUGUGGUGCAUUGAGACGUGUAGUGAAGAGACUAAAUAUACACCAGGGUGGUGUUGAGAUAAGGUAUCACAUUCAGCACUGAGCUACAAUUCGUUCUUUGAAAGCAUCUCUAUAGCAUAUACCACACGUAGGUCUAACUCUUCAUAUAUAACCAUGAUGGCCACUCGCUCACCGAAAAAGUCUACCACUACAACAGCCACCAUCCACAACACUGUGUUAAACACGCCUAAGAUCAGGAUGAUACCAGAGAACAACGCCACCAAUGUCUUACAUCGGGCCAGUUUUUCAAUGUCUCCGGUGGAGCAGAAGAAGCUCAAACCAGCAACCCCUCCUGAACUCUUGGCAAUGAGGGCACAAGGUGACAGAAAAUGCGAAAGUUGGAUUACGGGUAAGGAAGAGGCGGGGUGUCAUUUUAGUCAGGAGAUAAUUAACGUGGAAAAAUGUAAAUUUGAAGCAGGUUCGAAACCAUUUCAUUUGGGUGGGAAGCGUUUUGCUGUAGUCAAGAAAUUCAGGGGGGUCCCAUACGUGAACAUUCGAGAAUACUACAACACGAAAGGUACUAACAGGAUGCUCCCGGGGCAGAAGGGUAUCAAUUUAACGGGAGAAAAUUGGUGGAAAUUGGUCAAGGCCAAAUUUGAAAUCAGCGAUGCUGUCAGAGAUUUGAGUAACGUGAAGAAAUAGUUUUACAACUUGAUGUUUUUGUUUGGGGUUUUGGUUUUUUGAUAAUACAACAUAAUAAACAAAAAGGAAGAAUAAAAAAGAAAUUAAAAAAAGUAGAUAGUUCAAAAAAUACCUGAUUGACGCUCCUCCCUUUUUCCGUGACCAGGAUACAAUCGCCGAAAAUGAAUCAAAAACUUUCAAGAUCCUUGCUCACUGCACAUGGACAGCUAUCUCCUUCACCACCACUCACACCAGAAGUCGCGAUUAUCGGAUAUUCUCCAUUGAGACCCCCAGUUGUCCGCCAACUGCGGAGGCAGAAUGCAGUCAUAGAAGGAGUGACUACCCCAAGGGGAACAAGCAGACCUCCAUCUCCAUCAUCCUCCUCGGGUCAGAUGGAAGUAGACGUACCUGAAAAGGCCCUAGAAGUCUCCAGAAACUUAGCAGAAAGCGAGGAGAUGGAGGUGGCUGCGGAGGAAGAGGAGGAGGAAGAGAAAGACGACAGAGUAGACACAGAUGUCAGAUUGCAGGAGACGGUGACGAUGGAGGCGAAAGACGGCAUACAUUUUCCUGUAGCACCUGUCCUACACUGUAAAAGCCGUCAAGGCAGUUUCGGGUCUUAUAAACGAGGCGGUGCAUCAGUCGUGCACAGGAUGCAGACUCAACUAUCCUAGCCAGAAAGACCAUGAGGACUGUAUGUGGUUAGAGUGGCCAGACAAGACAGACAAGUAUUUCGAUGAGGCCAUCACUAAGCUCACCGAGGAACGAUACUUUUGCAUCGUUAAAUUGGUUUACAUCGUGAUCGUGAAUAAAAUGUUUGAGGAGGAGUUGGACGCUUGCGUGCAUGGAAGGAGCCACACAUUUGUUCACAACGAACUGAAAAAGAAGGACGUUUUGUCAAUCAUCAUGAGCAAACUAAAGGAGCUUUAACCGGAAAUUUUAAAAAGUGGAUUUCGUUUACCCUUUUGAAGUCAUGUAUCCACGUUGUUUGUUUUUUUAAACAAAAAUUCUUUAUAAUGUAUAGGUUUAAUAAAAGUAGCAAUGACGAUUGCGAAUGAAAAAAAAAUA